GCUUCACGCUCUCCAUGCUCCGCACUGCUCAGAGUCCUUCCUGUUUUAGAAAUUUCAAGGAAGCAGCAGCAACUGGACAGUCGCAAAUACUGAUGGAUGCAUGUCAGUGAUCUUUGGGAGGGGAGGACCCAUGCUCUCUCAUCUUCGCACUGCCACACCAGCCCUGUACAUAUUGUGGAUCACUAUGGCCCAGAUAGCUGGCCAGGAGGACAGAGAGAAAACAACUGCACUCAAAGAUUUGCUGUCAAGAAUAGACUUAGAUGAACUGAUGAAGAAAGAUGAGCCUCCUUUCACUUUCCCCAAAACACUGGAGGAGUUUGAAUAUGCCUUCAAUGAAUAUGGCCAGCUCAGGCAUAUAAAAACAGGAGAGCCCUUUGUCUUCAAUGCCAGAGAGGAUCUCCACCGCUGGAAUCAGAAACGCUAUGAAGCUCUUGGAGAGAUCAUCACUCAGUAUGUUUAUGAGCUGUUGGAGAAAAAGUGCAACAUGACUAAAGCAAUCCUGCCAGUGGAUGCUACAGACGAUGAACCCACCAGUUUUAUCUACCUGAGCCCAGAUGCCUUGUCCAACCCGUCUAAGCUGCUGGUGCUGAUCCAGGGCAGUGGCGUGGUGCGGGCCGGUCAGUGGGCCCGCAGACUCAUCAUCAACCAGGACCUGGAGUCAGGGACACAGAUCCCCUUCAUCACCAGAGCCAUGGAGGAGGGCUACGGUGUGAUGGUGCUCAACCCCAAUGAGAACUACCUGGAGGUGGAGAAGCCCGCCAUGUCCUCUCCCCUGCCCUCCCCCACUGAACCCUCGGACGAACCCGCAGAAAAGAGGGAGCGCAAAGAUGACAAGGAGGGCAAGAAGAAGAGAGAAUUUUAUGAGAAGUACCGUAACCCACAGAAGGAGACAGAGACCGAACGGAUCCCUAUACGGGAAAACGGUUCCUCCGAGGAACACGUGCUGUACGUGUGGGACCACUUUGUGUCCAGAGCCGCAGCCAAGAAUGUCUUCAUCAUGGCCCACAGCUACGGAGGGCUGUCUUUCGUCGAGCUGAUGAAUCAGAGGGAAAUGCAGGUGAAGAAUAGAGUGUGUGCCGUGGCUCUGACUGACUCUGCUCACAACAUCUGGCUACAGGAGACCAGCAAAGGCACGCAGGACUGGAUGCAGCAGCACUGUUGUAACUGGGUAUCGAGUCCAGAGCCCCUGGACACACCGCUGGACCCCAUGCUGCCAGACUGCCCCCGAGUCUCUGCAGGCACAGAGCGGCAUGAGCUGACCUCCUGGUUGAGUUUCAACUCCAUCUUCAGGUUCUUCAGCGAGGUCCUGGAGGCAAAAGAGGACGAGGAGGCGGAGGAGACCUCCAACAUUGUCACCACUCGCAGCAGCUCCCUCAAAAACAAACACCAAGAUUUGUAGAGGAUCGACAAAAAUGACUUGGAACAAGAGGAGAACGAGGAGCAAGGGAUCAGAUGGGGGGGGGGGGGGGGGGUGCAAAAAGAGAGUCUAAUGUUCCAGAUCCUCUCUGCUGUUUUUUCUUUUUGUUCCUCCCUCUCCCCCUGUAACCUCCCUCCAUCUUUUUCUCCUCACUCUUCUCCCCGAGUGUCAUUUCUCCCUUCCAGCCCUCCCUGGCUCUGCACACACAUAGCCUUGUUGUUGUAAGAGACAAGAGUACAGGGUCACCAUGUAUACAUCACAAUAACGUUUUGCAUUACUUCUAGAUGAGCGCAACUGUCAAAGCAAUAUGGGCCUGAGUGUUAGCGCUUCCCGUGGGCUGUGGCCUGGCUGCGGGUACGGGCCACGGCAGCAGAGAUUAAGGCUGACAGGCGCUGUGCACAAUGCGCUGUGGUGCACCUCUAAUUGUCCUGACAUCAGCCUGAACUGAGCUAAUGCCCCGCCUGCCCUCCAGUCUGCACUACUCAGUCUCUCCCUCCUCUCCCUCUUCCCCCCUGGUCCUAAAGCCUGGGCUGCUUACCCCCGACAUCAGCUCAUGCUGUAAGGUAUCCUCUGCUAAGGUCCAGUAUCAUUUCAUCCUGAUCAGUGCCCAUCUUUUUUUGUUUUAUAGCCCUUACGCCCUUACCCACCACAAAUGUUUCUCCAAAGAGUGAACACACACACUCUUAACUGGUGACCAUUUGUUUUGUUUUAACAAAGGGUGUUGUUUUUAUGACCUCUUCAUUCUCCAACUCCUCCGCACAUGCAGUCAGCUUUUAAACCUGACUUUUCUCAUUCAGCUUUGUGUAAAAUGUGGUCCUAACCCGUGCCAUGUAUUUCUGGAAUUGCAGUACUUAUAAUAAGAGAGAUCUCUUUUUUUUUUUAAUUUCUCAACUUUGAGCUAAAUUUGAAUGCAAUGUCUCAUACACACAUUCACACUAUGUGAUUUUUUUUUUAAUAUUAAGCCAAUAUUUGAGCUGUAAGUGUUUACUUUAGAAUAUCUCCAGGAUUGAUUUGCAAAACUGUGGAGAGUCCAUUUCUCUGUGUUUAUUAUAAAUAUAUAUCUUUUUUUUUUUUUUUUUUCAAUUU